AUGGCACGGCCACGGUUCAUGCUAAUAACGUACCCAGCAAUGGGACACAUCAACCCAACCCUACAAUUCGCCAAGCGACUCGCCGCAGCCACCGAGGCAGACAUCACCUUCGCCAUCCAACUCUCGGCCUACCGCCACAUGUCGAAGGGAUCCGACGAGGCGAUGAAAGACAUCGAAACCGCAAAUGGGUCGCUCAUAUCCUUCGCGCCAUUCUCCGUCGACGGUUUCGACGACACUUUCGGCAUGGGCUCUCAAAAGACCGUCCAAAACCUUAUCUCCGAGACGGCGCGUUGCGGCACGCAAGCCAUAACCGAUCUCGUCGUUUCGGCCCGAGACGACGGACGUCCCUACAGUUUAUUGGUCUACACACUUCUCCUCCCGUGGGCGGGGGUCACCGCCGACAAGCUCCGCCUCCCGUCGGCCAUGUUGUGGAUUCAGCCGGCGAUGGUCUUCGCCAUUUACUAUCACUACUUCUACGGUAGUGGUGAUAUCAUUAGGGAGCUUUGUGCCAAGGGUGACUACAACUCUUCGAAAACGACAUUGCCUGGAUUGUCGUUGGAGCUGACUCGCCGUGAUUUGCCGUCGAUUAUGGAUCCCGAAGAUACUUAUUACGUAGCUCUACGUUCCUUUGAAGAAGAGUUCGAGAUGAUCGAGACUAGAAAUCAGAGGAGAAUACUUGUCAACAGUUUCGACAAGUUGGAGACUGAGGCUUUGAGAGCUGUUCCUGGUCUGAGUUUGAUCGGAGUUGGACCGUUGAUUCCGUUGGUCUUUUUGGAUGAUAAAUCACCUUUUGAAAACAAGUCCAAGGACAAGUACAUCGACUGGCUGAACUCGAAGCCUAAAGCGACGGUGGUUUACGUGUCGUUUGGGACUCUUUGGUUACCUCCAAAGCAACAGUUGGAGGAAAUAGCCAAAGGGUUGUUGGAUUUCGGUCGUCCUUUCUUGUGGGUCAUUAGAGAAAGGACUCAGAACGACGAGAAAGGUGAUGAUGAUGGUGAACUGAGUUGCAGAGAAGAGUUGGAUAAGCUUGGAAUGAUAGUGCCAUGGAGUUCUCAAGUAGAGGUUUUGUGUAAUGAGUCAAUUGGGUGUUUUGUGAGUCAUUGUGGUUGGAACUCGACGCUGGAGACCUUGGCGUCGGGGGUUCCGGUGGUGGCGAUCCCGAGGCGGUCGGAUCAAUGGACUAGCGCUAAGCUGAUUGGGGAUGUGUGGAAAACAGGAGUGAGAGUGAAGAGCAAUAAGAAUGAAAUCGUUCCAAGUGACGAGAUCAAGAGAUGUUUGGAGUUGGUCAUGGGAGAAAAUGGUGAGGAAAAUGGGGUGGAAAUAAGAAGAAAUGCAAAGAAAUGGAAGGAUUUGGCUAGGGAGGCUCCCAAGGAAGGUGGCUCUUCGGACAAAAAUAUCAAGGCUCUUGUGGCGGAGAUGAUUCAGGGAACUCAAGUUUGA